UGUCAGAGGAUGUUUGCUUCAGUAUGCACACUUGCACUAAAGACAGCAGCCUGUUAAGGUGACAUCUCAUCGUUCAUCAGAUGUGCAGGAUUAUAAGUGUACUUGUUUGAAGAAUGUCGCCUAUACCGCUGACGCUUAUCUGCGCGAUGCUGUGCGCCUCCGCGUGCGUCGCGUACUGCCCGCCGCGCUGCGAGUGUUUGGAGACGCAACGCACGAUGAGCUGCGCGUCUGCUGGACUCCGUCGGAUACCUGCCGCGAUACCGCGCGACGCGAAGCGCCUGAGCAUCACCGGAAACGCCAUUCAACGACUCGAGCAGGACGCGUUUAACGCGUUACAGAACGUCACCAACCUGAACCUCAGUAACAAUGGAAUAAUGGAAGUUGGGUCGCGCGCUUUCUCUUCUCUUCACACGCUGCACUCUCUGAUCCUGAACAAUAACCGUCUGGUUCUGAUCCAUCCUGAAGCGUUCUCAGUGCCUGGUAGUCCUCUGCAGGAGCUCAGCUUCAGGUCUUGUCUCUACAACUACACGUCACUGACAGAUCUCAUUACUGCCCUACGCUGGGGUGAACUCACCAACCUACAGCGCCUCGACCUGUCGGGCAAUCAUCUCAUCCUUCUGCCUCCGGGAAUGUUCUCCCCUCUCCCUAACCUGCGACACCUCCAUCUGAGCGACAACUCGCUGGUGGCCGUGUACAACAGCACUUUCUCUGGUGUUGAACAGCUGUUGGAGCUGGACCUGAGCAGAAAUGCCAUUCGAACGUUUACCAGCGAGGGUCUCCGUGAGUUGGAGCGACUCGCUCGGGUUCGCCUGCUGUUGGGUCAGAAUCCCUACUCGUGCACGUGUGAAACCGAGGAGUUUGUGAACUGGCUGAACAGUUCAAAGGUCAAGGUGGGUGAUGUGGAUAAGCUGUCUUGCGCGUUCCCCGCAGAGCUGCGUCACGUCUCUUUGCGGGCUCUUAGCACGCGUGCCCUCGGCUGUUACGUUACACCCGGCGAGGAGAUCACCCACUUGACCCUACAAACGUCCUACGUGUUCCUCGGACUUGUGCUGGGAUUUGUAGGCAUGGUCUUCCUUUUUGUUGUCUACCUCAACCGAAAGGGUAUCAAAAAAUGGAUCACGGACAUACACGAGGCCUGUCUAGAUGUGCUGGAGGGUUACCAGUACCGUUACGAAAUUGACUCAGAUCCACGUCUGCGACACCUCUCGCAAAAUCGAGCUCAUACGGAUGCACGUUUGGGACGCAUCCCAUCUGAUGUCCGUGUUGCACAGAUUCCAUCUGAUGUGUCUUUAUAACAUUAUAAUCCCCUUACAAUAAACAUUUUGCAUUAACCACAAACAUUGCUGCUGUAAGACAGUGGGACAGUUGAUAAACUCAAAAUGAACAAAUAUAAGCCUGACCAAUAAUCUCAAGGCCUACUUAUGUUAAGCACAACAUGAGACAACAUUGCAGUCUGUGCAAUUCAAUGACAACAUCUAUCCUCUGAUCAAACAGCAGGUUGUUGCCUAAUGUUCUGUGAUGUAUCAGACGGCCAUAAAUGACUGGUGCAUGUGUAUGAGAUAUACACAGGAUUAAAGUGCUCCUCUCCAUAUGGCCCAACACAAACACACACACACAAACACACACACGCUGCUACAGAUGUGUCCUCAAUAUCUGGUUAUGGCCCAUCUCACUGCUAGUUCAGGAAGAGGAGGAAGAUGAAGAGGGCAUUCAGGGGGAAAAUAGGGCACAGUGAAGGGUUUGGAUUGUAAUGUUUCCUGCGAACUUGCUGAAGCUCACAGAUAAUGACUGCAAUUGAUCAAGACCAGACAUCCCAUAUUAAUCUGUGUCUUUGCUUUUGGCAACGCAGUAUAUUGGAAUAUAUUUGAAGAAACACAGCUGGUGUGUGUGCGGUCUUUGUGUGCAUGCACAACUGUGUAGCAUUACAUUAAAAUGUAGUGAAUUAGUGUAGAAUAUUUUUUGUAAUAAAAUGUAAAAUAAAGUUUCCAGUGAUUUCUAAGCCUGGUAAAUAAUAAAAUCCCAUGGAAAUUUCUACAACAAAUUUGCUAUUUAUGAUCAGCUAGGCUAUAUGCAACUGAAUCCUUCAGAAGUUGUUUUGGUGAUUUAUUGAAUUCAAAAUGUGUAAAUGAAAAUCUUCUGUCACUGACUGUAUUCGCAAACAUCAUUUAUUGACCACAAGCAUACAUUUCCUAUAGAACACGUGAUAUACUGUUUAUAAGUGUAUUUAAACUUUUCACGUUAUAUUUUAUUUACCUAACCCUAACUUCAGGAGUUUCCCAUCUCAGGUGCUAAUUUUAUAUACAUUUCAUAUAUUUGAAUAGACUGUAUAGUCAAAAUCAUUUUGAUUUCACUCCUCUUCGCUGGACACAAUGACACAUUAAUGAGGACAUCGGCGGACCCUUCAUCACCCUGAAGAUGACAGUGAAUCAUGAACUACUAUAUAUGAUGCAUUGUAAACAUACUGAUAACUGUUGUAUGUUGCUGAAGUGUAUGCGAAUAAUUGAUAUUAGCUCAAGAGAUCCAGUUAAAAAUGAAAUGUGUAAAGAAGAUAAAAGCAAGUUUUGUGCAUGAGAAUGACAAUUAUAAUAUCAUUUAGUAUUAUAGAUUCAUUUUUAAACUA